AUGGGAAUGAAACACUCCUCCCGCUGCCUGCUCCUCCGGAGGAAAAUGGCGGAGAACGCCGCCGAGAGCACCGAGGCUUGUCCUGUCCCAUCCCAGCCUCCUCCGCCUAUUGUUGUUCCAAAGCCAGUGCAAUCUGUUAUACAUGUCCCAUUGCAACCAAGCUGCCCAGGCCGAGGCAAGAUGGCAAAACUCCUCAAUCCAGAAGAGAUGACAUCCAGGGAUUAUUAUUUUGACUCCUAUGCUCACUUUGGAAUUCAUGAGGAAAUGUUAAAGGAUGAAGUGCGCACAUUAACAUAUAGAAACUCCAUGUAUCACAAUAAACAUGUUUUUAAAGAUAAAAUUGUACUUGAUGUUGGUAGUGGCACAGGAAUCCUCUCCAUGUUUGCUGCAAAGGCUGGAGCCAAGAAGGUAUAUGGGAUCGAAUGCUCAAGCAUCUCUGAUUACUCAGAAAAAAUCAUCAAGGCCAACCACUUGGACAACAUAAUCACAAUAUUUAAAGGUAAAGUGGAAGAAGUUGAAUUACCUGUGGAUAAAGUAGACAUCAUCAUCAGCGAGUGGAUGGGUUACUGUCUUUUCUAUGAGUCAAUGUUAAACACAGUCAUCUUCGCACGAGACAAGUGGCUGAAACCUGGAGGGCUAAUGUUUCCUGACCGAGCUGCUUUGUACGUGGUAGCAAUAGAAGACAGACAGUACAAGGACUUCAAAAUUCACUGGUGGGAGAAUGUGUACGGCUUUGACAUGACCUGUAUUAGAGAUGUUGCCAUGAAGGAGCCUUUGGUGGACAUAGUAGAUCCAAAGCAAGUGGUGACCAAUGCCUGUUUAAUAAAGGAAGUAGAUAUUUAUACAGUGAAGACUGAAGAACUGGCAUUCACUUCUGCAUUCUGCCUCCAAAUUCAGCGUAAUGAUUAUAUUCAUGCCUUGGUCACCUAUUUUAAUAUUGAAUUUACAAAGUGCCACAAGAAAAUGGGAUUUUCUACAGCACCUGAUGCUCCUUAUACACACUGGAAGCAAACCGUCUUCUACUUAGAGGACUACCUAACUGUGAGACGAGGGGAAGAAAUCUAUGGGACUAUAUCCAUGAAACCAAAUGCAAAAAAUGUGCGUGACCUGGAUUUCACAGUAGACUUGGAUUUUAAAGGACAGCUAUGCGAAACAUCGGUAUCUAAUGACUACAAAAUGCGCUAGCAAGAAACCUUUCAGAAAGACGGAAGGAAAAUGGUGUCAAGUCUUGAACUGCUGAACUUCAAGCUAGGAAUAACUGUUUGCAAGACUAUCAUAUUAGAUACCAGAAUGUUUACUCUGAUGGGAAGUGGUAACUGGGUCCCUCUUGCAGGUUGUACGGAGGGCUGGGUUCCCUCUGUGAAUGUACAGUAUACAGAACCAUAGCUUUUAUCAAAUAUAUAGGCAAAAUAAGCAACAGUCUUGAGAAUUCUGGUGAGCUUUGGGAUGGCAGAAGAAUAGAAAUUGUACUACUUCCUGUGAAUUUAUGGUUCUUCCAAGCUUUGCAUGUUACAGACGAUUAGGACAGUUUCCUUAAUAUAGAAGACCAUGACAACACUUUGCCAUGGCAGCAUAAUUGACCGUAUAUUUAAUAUAAAUAUACUAUAUAUAUAUAUGUGUAUAUAUGUGUAUAUUGUACACGAGAAAAACUUUGUUGCUUCAUAAUAGGAAUUAGUUUUGUGAUUACUUACUUGUCAUUACAUAGUUGCGGAAAAAUAAUGAUGUUAUUUCUGGCAGUACUUUAGGCACUGGCAUGGUCUGUCUAUCAUUCACUGUCUAAAAUAAUAGCUAUGCAAAGUAUAAGUAAGUUAAUAGAAAGAUGAACAGCUAUUUUUUAGAAUACCAUUUGGAAAAUAUGCAUCAUUAAUUUUAAAAUUUAUCUUCACAAAUGGAUAUCUGCCAGAGCUUUAAAGAACAUUAGCUUUUUAUCCUUGAAAAUAUUUUGUGGUGCAUUUUUAUAGCUGGAUUUUGCAUUGCA